AUGGUUUCUGCCAAGGAGCUAGUGAUCGCGAUGUCCUCGGGUCUCUCCAUCACCCUCCUGCACUUCCUGUGCCUGGCGACCUGCGUCACCGAGCCCCCGGGACAGAUCAAAAAGGAGGAGAAAUUAUGGCCGGAGAAUUUUACAAGCAUCCUGAACAGUCUCCUGGAUGGUUAUGACAACAGGCUGCGUCCUGGAUUUGGGGGUCCUGUUACUGAAGUCAAAACAGAUAUAUAUGUCACCAGUUUUGGACCUGUUUCCGAUGUAGAAAUGGAAUACACAAUGGAUGUCUUCUUUCGUCAGACAUGGGUGGACAAAAGAUUAAAAUAUGAUGGUCCCAUUGAAAUUUUAAGACUUAAUAACAUGAUGGUUUCGAAAGUGUGGACACCUGACACUUUUUUCAGGAAUGGGAAAAAAUCCGUCUCGCAUAAUAUGACAGCCCCAAAUAAACUCUUUAGAAUAAUGAGAAAUGGCACCAUCUUAUACACAAUGAGGCUUACCAUAAGUGCAGAAUGUCCCAUGAGAUUAGUGGAUUUUCCAAUGGAUGGUCAUGCUUGUCCUCUCAAAUUUGGGAGUUAUGCAUAUCCAAAGAGUGAAAUGAUUUACACCUGGACAAAAGGACCUGAGCAAUCUGUGGAAGUUCCUGAAGAGUCUUCCAGUUUAGUUCAGUAUGACCUGCUUGGGCAUACCGUGUCCACUGAAACUGUUAAAUCUAUUACAGGUGAAUAUGUUGUUAUGACAGUUUACUUCCACCUCAGACGGAAAAUGGGUUAUUUUAUGAUUCAGACAUAUAUCCCAUGCAUUAUGACUGUGAUCCUCUCGCAGGUGUCAUUUUGGAUAAAUAAGGAAUCUGUUCCAGCUAGAACCGUAUUUGGAAUAACGACAGUUUUGACAAUGACAACAUUGAGCAUCAGUGCAAGGCAUUCAUUGCCAAAAGUAUCCUAUGCCACUGCCAUGGACUGGUUCAUAGCUGUCUGCUUUGCCUUUGUGUUCUCUGCUCUUAUUGAGUUUGCUGCUGUCAACUAUUUUACUAACGUUCAAAUGGAAAAGGCCAAAAGGAAGACAGUGAAAUCCCUCCUUGAAUUUCCAGUCAUGCCGGUGAAGCGAGAACAGUGCACAGAAGAGGCACUCAUGGCUACAGAUGCCAAUUCAAAUGUGAGGAAAAGAACAAACGCCAUGGCACAGUCAGAGGCCGAUGGUGGGAACCGAACUGACACAGCAAACAGUUCCAUCCAACCUUCUGUGGUAACUCAGGGGUCUUCUGACAUUACACCCCAGUCUCUUUCAGCAUCAAGUCCAAACCCGUUCAGUCGCCUCAAUGUAUCAGAAACAUUGUCUUCUGCAAGAGCUACUCCUCCAGCUCCUCCCUCCACCCCAAUUUUAACUGGAUGCAUAACACAGCAUGCCACAGCUGGAUCCCCAUCCAUUCAUCAUUUACUUGGAUCUAGACUGGAACAGAUUCAGACCACAGCUAAUACGAUGGGAGCAUCUGUAAAGCCGUCUGCUAUCUCUCCGUCUCCUGCUCCCCCUGCUUCCAGCUCUGGCACUAGUAAGAUAGACAAAUAUGCACGCAUUCUAUUUCCUGUCACAUUUGGAGCAUUUAACAUGGUCUACUGGGUAGUGUAUCUAUCCAAGGAUACCAUGGAAAAAUCAGAAAGUCUAAUGUAG